AUGAGGCAGUGCUCCAAAAGUCCAGCUAGGCAGUGCCCUACAAUCCCAGCUAACAGAGAUCCACAUGCUCAGCUAGGCAGUGCUACGCAGUCCCAUCUACGCAGUGCUCCUGAUUCCCAGUUAGGCAGUACUUCACAGAUGCAACUAGUCAGUGCUCCACGCACUCAAUCAGUCAAUGCUACAACGUCCCAGCGAGGCAGUGCUCCAGAUUCCUCUGGAGACAGAGCUCCAGGUUUCCUGCUAGGCAAUGCACCAAAAGCCCAGCUAAACAGUGCCCUACAGUCCCAGUUAAGCAGAGCUCAAGAUGCUUUUUUCUCACAUGCAAGGGAUUCUGAUCUAACAAAGCCAGAUGUUAACUCACCAGUAUCUGUGCCAAAAGUAAAUCUUACGGAUAUAAAUAUCGGAGAAGAAAUUGGAAGGGGUGCAUUUGGUGUAGUGUUUAAAGGUGAAUGGUUAGGAACAUCUGUUGCUGUGAAGGAGAUGAACAUUUCAAAGCCAUUGAUUGAAAGGGGGCUUGAAUUACAUAGUAGAGUACGGCAUCCAAAUAUUGUUUUAUUAAUGGCAUAUGCCACAAAGAUGGAAAAAUUGUACUUGGUAUCAGAACUCAUUGUUGGUGAUACACUAGAUAUCAUGCUGUUUGGUGAGGAAUGUGGAAGUUUAAGUAUGCCUGCCAAAUUAGAUUGCAAAAAAGUAUCAUAGGCAGUGUCUUAUCUCCAUUCCCAAAGUCCAGUUAUCAUACACAGGGACAUAAAACCUGACAAUGUCAUGGUGUCGUAUGAUUUUCAUGUUGUUAAACUUUGUGAUAUGGGCCUAAGCAAGUUAAAAACUAUGUAUACGAUAGUGACAACUAUGGCAGGGGGUUCAGCACAGCCAGGAACCCCAAUAUAUCCGGAGAUUUUGUUACAAAAGAAAAGUGGAACUCCCAAGACUGAUGUGUGGUCUCUUUGUUGCACCUUGGUAGAAGUAUUUUGUGAAACACCUAUUUGUAAUUAUACUCUAAACCUAGAAGCAGACCCUGUAAAGUACAUUACUGAGAGAAUGAGACUUCAACCCAAGCCAGAUGGUUUACAAGGACUUGCUAGUGAGGUGAAUACAGCUGUUUGCAGUAUGUUAUAUGAAGGUCUUGGAUACCGAGCUUGUGAAAGACCUGAGGUAUUACAGUUUUUAGGGUGUUUUAACAGUAGCAAUGAGAGUGACACAUUUUCAAUUAUGUGGUAUCAGUAA